AUGUUGAAUCUUUUCAUUAUUCUACUGCUCACAGUUACCUGUGGAUUUGCCAAACACCCUGCUGCAUCUGCAGUUCACCCGCCAAUUGUCGACCUAGGGUAUGCUGUGCAUCAAGGCACUUUCAAUGAGGCCUUUGGAUCUCAAUAUUAUAAUUUCAGCAACAUUAGAUACGGCGCACCCCCAGUUGGUGAUCUGCGCUUCACUAAGCCGACGCUCCCGACGGUGAGGGACAGAAAGUUAAACUUGGGCCGGCGAGGUGUUAUAUGUCCUCAAGCCUCUUCAUUAUGGCUAGAAAUAAAGGCGCCGCAAGUGGUCACAGCAGUUUUGUCUGGUCGGCCAUUGACAAAUAUUACGAGCCAACCUCUCCCUGACCCUUCCACAUUGCAUAAAUUGGACUUUCCAUCACCCGAUCCACGGACGUCAGAGGAUUGCCUAUUCCUCGAUGUAAUUGUUCCGACAAGAGUUUAUUCUAAUCGCCGGAGCAACAGCUUAGUUCCUGUCUACGUUAAUAUCUUUGGUGGUGGAUUUGUGUUUGGCGAUAAGAAUUCUCAAGGACACCCAGCCGGUCUCUUAGCCAGUAGUGACGAUAAUAUAAUCUAUGUCACAUUCAACUACCGCUUAGCAAAUGGAACUGCAAAUGCAGGUUUAUACGACCAAGAACUAGCUCUUCAUUGGGUACAGAAGUAUAUCCACCUCUUCGGCGGCGACAAAGAUCAGGUCACGAUUGUUGGUGAGUCUGCAGGCGGCGCUUCGGUUAUGCACCAUAUCACAUCAUAUGGUGGACUCAAGGAAGGAGUCCCAUUUCAGCGGGCCAUCGCGCAGAGCCCGGGGUUUCAACCUAUGCCAGGUAGUGUACAGCAAAAAGCGUUGUAUACCAAAACUCUUGCAUCCGCAUCGCAAAUUACGGGGAAAAACAUUACCAGCUUGAGUCAGCUCCGCGGUCUCUCUGAAGCCGACUUAUACUACACCAACUACCUUGUUGUGGCGACCUCGGCCUACGGGCUCUUCAGCUAUGGUCCUGUCGUGGACGGGAAACUCGUGCCCCGCCUUCCAGGUGAACUUCUCCUGACUGGCCAAUUUAACAAGAGGUUACAGGUAAUGGUUGGUCACUCCGCGGACGAAGGGCUUACAUUCUCAAGUCCCUACAUCCAGAGUAACGGCGACUUUGGCAACUACUUCAAGUCCAUUUUCCCAUCUACACCACAAGACAACAUGGAUUAUGUGAGCGACGUUCUAUAUCCACCUAUAUUUAAUGGAACUCUCGGAUAUACAAAUCAAAUCCAAAGAGUUGACCUCAUCUUUAGCGAGUUCGCUUUCACCUGCAAUACGCGAUACCUGGAUCUCGCAUUUAUGAAUCAGACGUAUUCGUACUUAUUCAACGUUUGGCCAGCACUACAUGGGGCAGAUAGCCCAUACUUGUAUUUUACCAACAGUUCUUUGAGCUUGGACAACGGGGUACCGAUAAAUUCUACUCUCGCAAAGAUGUUUCAAAACUAUAUAACCAACUUUGUGAAGACGGGAAAUCCAAAUCAGGGGAACCUACCGCUCUGGACUCAGUAUGGCUCUAAUUCAUCUGUACUGGAUAUGAGGGCCGAUGGCUUUCUGCCGGCACAGGAUACUGUAGCUAACGAGCGUUGUACUUGGUGGCAGCAAGCUCUGUAUUAUUAA